AAACAAAACAAUCUAUCAUGUGUUGUGAUUGUUUAAUCUUCAUCUAAAGCUUUUUACCAUUCUGGCUUCUGGCCAUGAUGUCAGCGGGUAAAAAGGCACCAGAGUUUGUCGUCGAUCGGAAGCGUUCAAAGAAUCGAAUAACGGGGUCGACACCUCUUAAAGAAUUGCAAGAGUUCUCCAAGGAAGAACUGAUAGCCAGGAUUCAACAGUUGGAGGCGCACACUUUCCAGCUGAAAAAUAUUAUUAGGAAAAGCGGAAAUAAAGAGGAAGAACCAUUAAAUCAAGAAGAUGGUAAAAAACAAUCAACGUCCGUCAGGAAAAAUGCAGGAAGACAGUUCGACUUCACCAAAUGCACGAAAAGAAGGAUUUUGAUCAAGCUGCUGUACCUCGGCUGGGACCUGGAUGGCUACGCAGUCCAGGACAACUCAGCCAACACGGUCGAGCAUCAUCUCUUCAACGCCCUGACCAAGUCGUGCCUCAUCGAGAAUCGCCAAAGCAGCAAUUACCAUCGGUGCGGACGAACCGACAAGGGUGUCAGCGCCUUUUCUCAGGUCAUCUCGAUUGAUGUCCGCAGCAGUGGCAACGCUUCAGGUGAGCUGCCCUACUGCAAAAUGCUCAACAGGUUGUUGCCCGAUGAAAUCCGAGCCCUGUGCUGGGCGCCGGCGCCGUCCAGCGAAUUCUCAGCUCGCUUCGACUGCACCCGCAGGAAGUACAGAUACUUCUUCCCCAGAGGCUGUUUGGACCUGCAAGCGAUGGCUGCAGCCGCCGCUCUUUUACUCGGAGGGCACGACUUCAGGAACUUCUGCAAAAUGGACGUUGGGAAUGGCGUUGUCGACUACAAAAGGUCCGUUUUCCAGGCAGAGGUCAAAGUCGCCAAUCAAAUUAAUCCGCAGGUCGAGGGCCCUUUCGAUCUGUGCGAGUUGGUGAUCGAGGGCAAAGCAUUCCUCUGGCACCAGAUCCGUUGCAUCGUCUCAGUUCUCCUGCUGGUCGGAGAGGGCAAAGAGGAUGCGUCGAUAGUUUCGCAACUGCUCGACCCUGAGAAACCCAAACCCCAGUACCCUUUGGCCGUGGACUUUCCUCUGGUGCUCUUUCAGUGCGACUACGAGCACGACCUGCACUGGCAGUUUGAGCAAGAGGAACUCACUAGGGUGGUGCUCAAGAUGCAAAGCAUGUGGGCAUCGAAUGCAAUCAAAUCGGCAAUGAUUAAGGAAAUGGUUUGCUGUUUGGAGGAGAAACUGGAAGUUGCCGUCAAAGGACAGGCAGAUGCUCUAGUGAUGGGUGUCAAACCCAAAGUUUACCAACCUUUGCUCAAAAGAAAUACAUGUUCGUCUUUGGAGAGCAAAAUUGACCACUAUGUUAAAAGAAGGAAGUUGAAAAAAAGUGAAGAAAAACAAAAUGACAAUUAGGAAAUGAAAUAAAUAAUGUGUAGGUUAAAAUGACCUUUAUUAAUUACACUUUGAGACAAGUCAUUCGAUCAUCGUUUCAUUUGCUCACACAGAUUAUCAUUAAUUGUUAAUAAUUAUACACAUUCAUAUGUACCCGCACUUAAAAUUCUUGAGUGCUCGUCUCCGGCUCGUAUUUUUCGUGUGCAAAUUUGAGCCGAGAACAAUUUAAUUUACAAAUUUGAGCGCACUUUCCGGCCUAUCACGAACAUUUCUUAACACAAUCCGACAGCAGAUUGCGAUUAUUUUAGUAGCUCCAUGGACAAAAAUGCAGCAGUAGCUUUUAGUUAACUUGGCUCUUUCUCACAGUAAAAAUUAGGCAACAACAACAAUUAAUUAUUUAAAAAAAAAAAGGGAAA